CUCCAGGGGAGGAGGUCGUCGGCGUCUUGUGUAGGCCGGCGUCCAAGCAGGACCGGACGCUGGCACGCUGCUUCUACGCGUUGUUCGUCAAGCGUUGGACGUUCGUGACUCGGAGCUGGGGCAUCAUCUUCGUGUCAUUCGUUUUGCCACUGUUGCUGCUGUCGAUACAUCAGGCCGCAGCGAAGCGGAAUCAGUCGCAAGACGACGCCAAGCUGUACCACCUGUCCAAGCCGACAGAGAUUCGCCUGGCGUACCACUUUCCCGGCUAUACCGUCGUACUGCAGGAAUCAGAAUCCAUGGCCAACUUGAGCCGGGCGCUGCAGGUUCUCAUAGAAGCCGAAGGUUGCAACGUCCGCCUGGUGCCGGACGUGAACGACCUAGUCAUGGACGACUUGGCGACCUACGUGCAUACCUACCCGAUGAUUAUUGUCCUAGAACCAGACCGAAUCCGUUUCAUGGUCGACACGAGGAACUGGGCCACCUUGCCAGUGCUUCUGAACCUCGCGGACACGGCGAUGCUGCGCUUGCUGACGCGUCAACCGACGGCCCGCAUCGCUGCCCAGGUUGCUCAGCUGAAGUUGCCUGACACGACGCUGUUGAGUACUCUGGCAGCUUGGAUGAUCGACGGCUUCUCGUACGCCCUGGCCUUCUCGGCGUUCGCCGCGUUUCCAGCCGCCGAGAGGUUGGGAGGUGCUCGCGACGUUCAGCUCAUGACCGGUUUGACGGGCAGCUUUUACGUGCUGUCGCACUUUGCUUUCGACUUUCUUCUCCAUGUUGCCUUCGUCGGUCCGUGGUGCCUGAUCUCCUACGUCCUCGGUGGAAUCCAGACGGACACUUGCAUUCUCAUCUUUGCCACGUUCGUGCUGUCUGCUCCCGCGAUGAUAGGUACGGUGUACCUGAUCUCGGAGCGGGCGCUGACAGAAUUGGGAGCUAUGUACAGCGCGUUCCUUUGGAUUUAUUUGCCUGGUUUUGUAUUCUUCUGGCUCUACACUCUUUCCGCUUUCCUUGGCCUGCCUGGGUUCGAUUACGUGUCAGCCCUUUUCCCACCGUGGGCACUGCUGUCCUGCUUCAUGAAGAUCUCUUACGCUGACACCGUUGUAAAGCUGUGCGACCAGCAUAGGGCCGUGCCGUCGCGGGCGGUUCGUCCGGUGGCCGCGCCCGCCCCCCGAGCGUCCUUCAAUUGGCGCUCCAUCUUCGCGACUGGGAAAGGAGCCCUAGCAAUGAAUGAAGAGGAGUCCGACUCUACCCUGGGGAGCCUUUUGCGGUGCCACGACGCGGCGUCGGGCGACUUCGUCCCGAACGGCGUCCCAUUGAAUCUGCUGUUCUUGGCUGUUCAAGGCCUCAUCUGUCUCGGUCUUAUGAGCUUCAAAACAUCGGGUUGCUUCAGCUGGAGCGAGGCGAUCUUUGGAAAGAAGCAUGGACGCCCUCUAACAGCGUCGCAAGCCACGGGAUUCGGCAGGAGCACGAUGGCAAAGCCAUCUGACCCCGAGGUCGAAGAAGAGAAGAAGCUGGCGACCGCACUGUGCGACAAGAACAACUUCAAAGACCACGCGCUCGUCGCGCGCAACCUGAGCAAGACAUACGACGUCUGCUGCGCGGUCACGGACUUCAACCUGGCGCUGAGGCCUUCGGAGUGCUUCGGCCUGCUGGGCGUGAGCGGUUCGGGGAAGACCACGGCGCUAGACCUGCUCGCGGCGCUGACCGACGUCACGCAGGGCGAGGCCUACACCCCCACAGCGUCUCUCCUGGAGAAUACACGAAAGUGGCAAUCCCAGAUUGGCUACUGCUUCCAAAAGGGGUGUCUCCUGGACAAGCUGACCGCCUACGAGUUUCUACACCUAAUCGCCCGGCUCCGCGGCGUGAGCCCUAUCAAUGUGGAGGCCACAGUGAACAGCGUCAUCUCUAUCGUCGACAUCGAGGAACACGCCAGCAAGCCCUGCGGAUUGUACAGUGGCGGCACUCGGCGCAAGCUGUGCGUGGGCGCGGCGCUCCUUGGCUUGCCCCCGCUCCUCUUCUUGGACGAGCCGUACACGGGAGUGGACGCCAUGUCGAGAGACAGGAUCGGCCGCGCCCUGUCGCGAAUCAAGAAGACCACCUGCAUUUCCAUCAUGUUCGCCUCGCACAACAUCGACGAGUGCGAGGUCUCAUGCGAACGCUUCGCCAUCAUGGCCGACGGCAGGCUCAAGUCUAUGGGCACGCUGCAGCAGCUGCGAGAUAAGCACGGCCGCGGCUACCGACUCGAGUUCAUACUCAGGCAUGGUGCUGACCCGGAUGCUGCGAAGCGCUUGAUGGAGGCAGUGGCUCGACACUUUGUCGGCGUCAAGCUCACCGAGUUUCACCAGAACGUGCUCAGCUAUCACCUGUCGGAGCGUAUGCCGUGGAGUGAGCUCUUCCGCAAGGUGGAGCUGCUGCAGAAGGAUUUUCCUCUCGAGCACGCCAUUGCGGGGGAGAACACGCUGGAGCAAGUUUUCCUCUCGCUAGCCAAGGCUCAGAAGUGGCUACCGAAUGCCUAAUUAGCGGGGUCACAAGCAGUUACCACUUUUCGGUAUUGUUUGCUAUUUUGCUACUGCAGCAGUAAACCUUGUGGCCGUCUUCAAAGCUCCUAUUGGUUUACAGCAGCACCUCACAUGGGCUCCUUACUCUAUAGAAUAUGUCCGCCAGUGCUGUCGAUGGCGACGCAUGGGGGGUCACAGGGCUGCAGAAUUAUUCAGUCGGCCACUGCUGACUCGUGCAAGAGCUAUUGGAGGAAGCACGUUCGUUACUUAUCAGUGGUGCCUAAUAAAGUACUGCCUCGAAA